AGGAAGGAGAGAGAAAAUUGAUAACCUUUAAAAAUGUUUUUAUUGGAUAAUCGCGACGUGUGUUAGUGUUUGUCAUUUGUUUUAAUUGUUAAAUAAUGGGCAUGCUUGUUAUAUUCUGUUAAUGUAUUGUGUAUGUUUUCAUCUACGCAACAACCAUAUGUUACCAUCAAAUUGCUUCUGACAGACAACAUGAGAGAAAGAUGGAAGACCAGUACAUUGCAAGUGUCGAUGUUGGAACAUCGUUAAUAAGGUGCCAUAUCUUAAACUGCAGAGGUCAAACCAUAUCGGCCGUUUCCCAAAAGGUAAAUCUUCUUUAUCCGCAACCUGGUUACGUCGAAAUAGAUCCAGAAGAUCUAUGGAACUCGGUGGUUUGCCUUAUAAAAGCGGCAGUAUUAGAAGCAAAUGUUGGAUAUAAUAAAAUAACACUAGGGAUAUCUACACAACGCGGAACGUUUACCAUUUGGAGGAAGGAUAAUGGUCAACCGUUCCAUAAUUUUAUUACAUGGAAAGAUUUAAGAUCUGAUGCUUUAGUUAAGCAAUGGGAGAAAUCAUUAAUAUUAAAGGGUUUUCGAAUGGGGUGUUAUGGUAUAUAUUUACUAACAGGGAAUAAAAGAUACUUAGCUGGCAGUAAAAUGAAACUAGCUAAUACUCAAGCAACCAUGAGGUUGAUAUGGGCUUUAAAAAACGUUCCUAAAUUAAAACAGGCGGUGGAAAAUGGAAACGCAAUGUUUGGAACUGUUGAUACUUGGCUAGUUUAUAAAUUAACUGGUGGUAGGAAGCAUGUAACGGAUAUUACUAAUGUUAGUGCGACUGGACUUUUUGAUCCAUUUAUUUUAAACUGGUCUUUAAUGGCAACUCAUAUUUUACGUAUUCCUUCCAGCAUAUUACCGAAAAUUGUGAGCAACGAUUAUUCUUUUGGUUCUACAGUGCCAUCAAUUUUUGGAGUAUCAAUUCCCAUUAAAUGUGUGAUAUCAGAUCAAUCGGCUUCUAUGUUUGGGUCUUGUUGCUAUCAAAUGGCAGAUACCAAAAUAACAUUGGGCACUGGCACUUUCUUGGACGUUAAUACCGGAUCGUCUCCAUUGGGAUGCAACAAUGGACUUUACCCCCUAGUGGGAUGGAGUAUAAACAAUAAAAUCACUUACUUUGUUGAAGGUGCUUCCAAUGAUACUGGCUCUCUGAUUCAAUGGGCAUUGUCCGCAGGUAUUAUAGAAAAUCCACAUGACAGUGGUACACUUGCAAGUUCUGUGGAAAGCACCGAUGGGGUUUAUUUCAUACCGGCGUUUAGUGGUUUAGGGCCUCCUUUUAUGGAUGAUAAUGCUGCCUCUGGAUACAUAGGACUAAAGGUCACGAGUACAAAAAAUCAUAUGAUACGUGCUCUACUGGAAAGCAUCGUUUAUCGUGUAACGCUCCUCUACAAGAUGAUGUUAAAAGAAACAAAUUUCAAGAUACGGUCCAUAUGGGUUGAUGGAGGAGUUUCAAAUAACGACUUUGUGUGCCAACUACUUGCCAAUAUAUUAGGAAUCGAGGUACACAGACCUUCCAGCACAGAAAUGACUGUAUUGGGAGUUUCGUACAUCACAGGUUUAAAAAUUGGAAUGUGGAAAAAUGAGAGCAAACUAAAAAAGUUGAGAACCCUCAAUUGUACCUUUAAACCGUCAAGGGACAUCACAGUUUAUGAAGAAUGUGUUAAAGAAUUUAAUGUGUGGCUAAAAGCUGUCGACCGCUUCAAAUUAUGGUAUACAUAAAGUAAUACUUGAUGUUUUAUUACUAUGUUAAUAUUAUUCGUUAAAUAUUUUUUAUAAUUAUAUUAAAAUGUUAAAUUAUAAAACUUGAUAUUGUGAUAUUAAGAGGAAGCAUCUGCUGCCUUCUUUGUUGGAUGUAUGGUGAUUGCUAACUCAAUCAAAUAAUAAAUUUUAUAUUUUUUAUCCAUAUAA